GGUGGGGUUGUGAGCCUGGGGGGAGGAGGGUGGUUCUGAGCAGAAACAGAGUGAGCCCCAUUUCGUAUUACACACGAAUACAGAAAAAAGAAAAGGGAAUCCUGAGCUGAGGCUCUUUACUUCGGGAGACAUUUAACUGUUUUUUAUGGAGACUGCUGGUCUGGAAAAUGAAGAUCUCUUCUGUGGUCAUAGUUCUCCUGACUAAAGCGUUCAUUGGAGAAGUGUGCCAGGCCAUCAACAUCACUGUCACCCCCUCCCCGUUUACGGUGGCCCAGGAGGGUGAGAACGUCACCCUGACCUGCCAGGUGUCCCAGAGACGUCGCUCCAGCAGCCUGCCCGUAGUCAAAUGGACAUUCCUGCCGGAACGUUCUUCAAGCGACAAAGAGUUCCUCAUUGCUAGGGUCAACAUGAGAAAGGCCAGGUUCUAUGGGGACUAUACCAAGAGCUUCCCCUGGCCUAAGUUGAAGCUGACAGUGGUCAAGCAGGGGAAGAUUUUCGACCUGCUCAUUAUGAACAUCUCAGCGGAGGACCGUGGACUCUACAUAUGCCGGGUACAGGAGUUCAAGAAGCACCAGAACCGAUGGAAGGCAUCAACAAACUGUACGGCCGCCACCGAGCUUAGAGUGCAUGUCCUACCAGCGACCACGGCCAAGGAGAGUCUGUGGAGCCUGUUUGAAGACGUGUACCUGUGCGCUGUGCUGAUCUGCUCUGUGGGACUGGUGUGCAUGUGCAUGUUCACCGUGGCGGUGACCUGCCAAUAUGUUCAGAGGAAGAAGAAGUUAAAAGACAACUACCAUUUGGUCAAGAGUCUACAGAACAGUUCAGGGGAGACGGUGACCAGUCUAGUCAGUGUGUCUCCUGCUCUGCCCAAAAAGCAGAGGAGGUACAGGAGGAAACGAAGCAAAGCCCAGUCAGAGAUACCACCAGAGAUACCAGUUAAAGCACCCAUAGCAAACAAAAUCCCCAAACCCAAACUUUUAAAGGUACAGCCGAUGAAAGUGGUCUUGCCAAAGAUUGCAGAAGAGAGCCUGACAUAUGCAGAGUUGGAGCUGGUCAAGCCCCUGCCGGACAACAAAGCCUCGUGCACAAGCACUGUGUACGCCCAAAUCCUCUUUGAGGAGAGCAAUACUGCAGCUGCAAAGGUUGACAUUAAGGCAACAAUUAGACGCCCGCCCAUUUGUGUUAUUUGUGUUAUCACGCAGCUCUUUCAACUGGUGCCAAAGUCAACGGGCUCUUGGCGACACACUUGUACCCAGAGCUGUGAUCAGCUGUGACAGAGCAGUUUAACUGGCUACAAACGAAAGGCCUUGUUUGGCUUGACUUGUAUCACCAGGGUUUUCCUCUCACCUUAUGAUUACAAAGCACAUGAUUACUUAAGUUUUUAUUUUAUUUUUUACUCCUGGUAAGAACAACACCAAUGACCAAAUGCCGUUUCUUUAUCUCUCAAGAUCUGAACAACAGCGGAGAUUUUGUCUUCUGUUUUUUAAAACUUUUCUGUGAAUGUAAGUGUGUGUAAAAAUGCUUAGUAUGUUUAAUGACCCCUUGGAUCUAACCAUGGAAAACCGAGCAAAACAACAGUGUUUUUUUUCUCCCCCAGUGAACUUGAAAUGCCAGACAUCCAGGCACCAUAACCAUUCCCCAUCCACCAGUUCUCUCUCUCAUAUAUGAAGAUCUAUACAUAGACUAAUAAUCACCAGAGUGCAUUGAGACGAUUCCAUGUAGGAAAAACAAAUCCUUCCCACAUCCAUUGACAACAACGAAAUCUAUCUAUAUCUAUCUACACACAUCUACACAAUGGUUCAAAGUAGCCUUCCUGGGGUGAGAAAAACGUCUUAAAACCUUUUUAAACUGUGAAAAUUGAAGUCUCCUCCAAACCACGUUUGACUUAAUGUGGAGGCCACUGCGUGGACCUCUAACUAGAACCAUGUGUGAACGCUGAACUCUGCACUUUCCUCUGCACUUUUCCUUUGCCAUUCGUUUCACCCGGAGAGUGCCGUCGCCCGCACUCAUCAACAUUACUCUCCAUUCCAGUUGGAGCACCUCUGUUAUUUGUUUUUGUCAUUUGAAAAUGAAGUCGUCGCUGUCUGAUGAAAACCUCAUAACUAAUUUUUUGCCAAUUUAAAUGUUUUUUCAUUUAUUGAAAGCAAUAUGUCCCCUCAAUGUACUCUCAACAUUGCAUGACUCUCGGACCAAGAAAAUGUAUUCAAAAUAGCUUCUGAAGUUUCAUAAUUGUAUGUUCAUUAAUGUGAAAAUAUGGUCAUUUUUUCAUUUACUGAAAAGUUUCUGUUUUGGAGAUGAGGGUUCAUCAGACAGCGACGAUAUAUGUGUGUGUGUAUAAUGUAUCAUAUGUGCUGUAUAAACAUAAAGUGGAUGUAUAUGGUCAGUGGUUAAUA